AUGUUGUCAACUGUGUUCUGCUGGUCGCAAGUUAUUAGUGCAAUAACUCAUUUGUAUUUGAAAGAUACCACCAUAUGCCUGAUAUGGAAUUCUGAGGUGGAAUUCGAUUUAAAAACAAAUAAUUUUCUAGAAUAUUAUGCUGUCAUAAAUAUAAAUUUAAAUAAUUUACAAAAAUCUUUUGAAAAUGAUAUAGACGACUUUAAGGCAAUGGAAAAUAAGCUAACAGACUAUGGUCUCAGUUAUAAUGAAUUAACGGAGAAAUUAACCAUGGCCAUUGAGAAAACACAUUGUGAGAGUUUUAUAGCUUUUCAACACGAUAUUCUGGGUUUCAUUGAAAGUUUUAUUAAUGCCAGCCAAUAUUCCGACUGGCGUUCCAAAAGAAAUCGUUUCGUUUUCGCUUACAAAGAAGAAAAAUUUGAAGAGAAUUUCGAACAACUUACAUUUUUUGAAGAAGAAAACUCAAUUUUGUUGGUUUCCAUGGACGAUUCCUCUUCUUCGGAUAUUUUCAAUUUAAAAACUAACAAAUACUAUGGACCCAAAUCAGAAAAACAGGGUACUCUAUUGUUUCUAGAUAAAUUUUAUGCUGAAAAUUCAAGCUUUCUCUACAAUCGCUCUCUCUUUCCCGAUAAAACUGACAAUUUAAGGGGACGUGAGGUAAUCAUAGCCGGUUUUGGUUAUAGACCCUAUUUUGUGAUAAAUUAUGGAGAAAAUGAUAAUAAUUCCUAUGAUUUGGCUUUUGGUGGUUCUUCGUUGGGGGCCGUGCAAAUAGAUGGCACAGAGGCUCGGGUGGUUACAACUUUUUGCGAAAUUUAUAAUUGUACUGUGUGGAUUGAUAGUUCGGAAGCCACGGAUUGGGGUGAAGUAUAUCCUAAUUUAACCGGAGAUUUCAGUUUGGGUAUGGUGGUCAAAGAUAUGGCGGAAAUUGCUAUAGGAGCCAUGUAUUCCUGGGAUGUUGACUACUUACAGCUGGACAUGUCCAUGUAUUUGGCGCGUUCUGGUGUUACGUGUCUAGUACCAGCUCCUAGACGUUUAACCAGUUGGCUGCUACCAUUAGAGCCAUUUCAAUUCACUCUCUGGUUGGCGGUUUUGGCCUAUCUGAUAAUUGAAAUUAUAAGUCUUAGUUUUGCGCACAAGUUUGAAUCGAAUUUAUCAGCGGAAGAAGUCAGCUGGUAUCAUAGUUUCAAAUUCGCCUAUGCUACGACCUUAAAACUAUUUAUCUCACAAUCGGGUAAUUCGUAUGUGUGGUCAUUUACGGUGAGAGUUUUAUUGUUUACCUGUUUCAUGAACGAUAUAAUUUUAACAAGUAUUUAUGGAGGUGGACUGGCAAGUAUUUUGACAAUACCAAGCUACGAAAAAGCUGCCGAUACAGUGGACGGCAUGCUCUAUCACAAACUGCAAUGGGCUGCCAAUUCAGAAGCCUGGGUUUCAGCCGUACGCAAUUCCGAUGAUCAACGCAUGAAUGGCAUUUUAAAUAAUUUCUUUAUCUUUAACGAUGAUGAACUGGAAGUAUUGGCCAUGACACGACCCGAUAUGGGUUUUACAGUAGAACGUUUGCCAUUUGGUCAUUAUGCCAUUGGUGACUAUUUGUCAUCACAAAGUAUUGAACAUUUGAAAAUCAUGAAAGAAGAUUUAUAUUUUCAAUAUACUGUGGCCUUUGUUAAACGCUGUUGGCCCUUGUUGGAACGUUUCGAUCAGCUGAUAUAUUGGUGGCACUCAGCGGGUUUGGACAAGUACUGGGAGUGGCGUAUAGUGGCUGUAAAUUUGAAUGUUCAAAAACAAAAGCAAGUCGAGGCCACCAUGUAUUCGAAUAUGGAGGACAAUGGGCCCGUAAAAUUGGGCAUGUCUAAUUUUGCUGGCAUUUUAUUGAUCUGGGUCUUGGGAAUUUUCAUUGCUGUGAUGGCUUUUAUCUACGAAAUAAUGGGACAUUAUUUAAAGUGUAAAAAGAGAGGUAGUGUUUAA